GUCUCCGGACUCCACAAAAAAAAAAAAAAAAAAAAAAAAAAAAAAAAAAAAAAAAGUAGAAACUCCGUUUAACCUCCGAGACAGCCAUGCCGCCGAAGAUGGACCCGAGCCAGAUCGUGGACGUCUACGUCCGCGUGACCGGCGGAGAAGUCGGAGCAGCGAGUUCCCUCGCUCCCAAGAUCGGUCCCCUCGGUCUCGCUCCAAAAAAGAUCGGAGAAGACAUCGCCAAGGAGACGGCCAAGGAGUGGAAGGGGCUCCGCGUCACGGUGAAGCUGACGGUGCAGAAUCGCCAGGCGAAAGUGACGGUGGUGCCUUCGGCGGCGGCGCUUGUGAUCAAGGCGCUGAAGGAGCCGGAGAGGGACAGGAAGAAGGUGAAGAACAUUAAGCACAACGGGAACAUUUCGUUCGAUGACGUGAUUGAGAUCGCGAGGAUCAUGAGGCCGAGGUCUAUCGCUAAGGAGCUGAGUGGGACCGUGAGGGAGAUUCUUGGGACUUGUGUGUCCGUUGGGUGUACUGUCGAUGGGAAAGAUCCCAAGGAUAUUCAGCAGGAGAUUCAAGAGGGUGAGGUUGAGAUUCCUGAGAAUUAAUUAAAAAAAAAAGGGAAUUUGAGAUAAAAGUGUUUUGUUCGGUUAUUUCCCUUUUGAGGUUUUAGCUUUUAUGUUUCGGUUAAGAACAAGAACAAGUCUGUUUUGGUUUGUUAUUUUGCCGCUUUUAUUUAAUUUUAUGCUAUGCUUUGCUACU